ACAGCAACAAUGGACCUUCUCUUUGUCUUGUCCUUCUCCACUGCCAUUCUUUUCCUUGGAAUGCACAGAGGUCACUGUGCUGAUAUCAUUGGAGGGGAACAUUCAGCUCGACAUUCAAGACCCUUUAUGGCUGCCUUAAUUGGAGGAAAGCGUCUCAAGUGUGGAGGAACUUUGAUCAAAAGAAACUGGGUGCUGACAGCAGGUCAUUGCAAUGUAGGCAAGGGAGACGAAGUAGUCCUUGGUGUUCAUUCACUGUCUAAACCUGGGAGAGAAAAACAAAACUUUCACAUUACUAAUGUGUACGUUCACCCAAAAUAUGAUCAGAUAACCAAGGAAAAUGACAUCAUGAUUUUGCAGCUAAAUAGAAAAGCAGAGCUCAAUCGGUACGUUCAGACCAUUCGGCUUCCCAGUACUUAUGAAGAUGUCAGAGCGGGCACGCAGUGUCUGGUGACCGGAUGGGGAAUUACUGAAAAUACAGGGCAGAUAUCUGAUACGCUGAGAGAAGUUAAUGUUGCUGUUGUGGACAGACACACCUGCAAUGACAGAAACCACUAUAACUCCCAACCUGUUGUAACAGAGAACAUGGUGUGUGCUGGCGGUGACAACAACCAAAGGAACGAUACCUGUAACGGUGACUCUGGUGGCCCUUUGAUAUGUGGGGGAAUACAAAGAGGCAUCACUUCUUUUGGACGAGAGGGAAGAUGUGGUGAUCCCCAGUUCCCAGGUGUCUAUACUCGUCUCACAAGGGACAAUCUUGAUUGGAUUAAGAAAAUCGUAUUCUGGGGCCUAUCAAGAGAGAAGGGGACUACUGUUGUUCUUGGUGCUCACUCACUAUCCAAAAACGAGAGGGAAAAACAGAUCUUUCAAGUUACCAAAGUGUUUGCCCACCCGAACUAUAACAGCGAAACACUGGAAAACGACAUUAUGCUUUUGCAGCUGAACAGAAAAGCAAAGAUUACUCGAGCCGUAAAAAAAACCAAAAUGCCCACAACUUAUGAUGAUAUCAAGGCAGGAACUCAAUGUCUAGUCACCGGAUGGGGACUUACUGAAAAUGGAGGGAAAGCUUCUGAUACACUGCGUGAAGCUAACGUCACAGUCAUAGACAGACACAUCUGCAAGAACCACUAUAAUUCCAUAGCUCUUGUGACCCCAAACAUGGUGUGUGCUGGUGGUGCCAAAAAAACAAGGAAAGAUACAUGCAAGGCUGACUCUGGUGGCCCUUUAAUAUGUGGAGGAAUACAAAGAGGCAUCACUUCUUUUGGUCAAAAAGGGAAAUGUGGUGAUCCCCAGUUCCCGGGUGUCUAUACUCGUCUCACAAAGGACUAUCUCGAAUGGAUUAAGAAAACCAUGGGGAGGAAUCUAGAUUGA